AGUGAAUAUCAUCCUGGUCUACAGCGUCGUCAUGACCAGUAUUUUUGCCUACAAGCCCGUCUAUCAGGAAGGUGACCCUGGGAACGGCAUCGGGGGGUACAACCUUAAGAACCCUGUAGAUCUCUCCUUCGCAUUCGACUACAACAGUACCGGAAAGCUCGACCACAUCGUCCUUUAUCGCCCCGGUACAGGUACCAUCUGGAUCCUCCACAACUGGCGGGGCAAGUUCACGCCCGUAUAUCAGGAAGGCGAGCCCGGAAAUGGUAUCGGCGGGUUCAAUCUCAAGAACCCUGCUGAUCGUAUCUUCCCAUUCGACUACGACCACUCAGGCCGGGCAGACCACCUCGUUUGCUACCGUCCGGGUACGGGAACAUGCUGGAUUCUGAAGAACCAUCGCGGGAAGUGGAGCCCGGUGUACCAUGAGGGAGAGCCGGGGAACGGUAUUGGGGGAUACAACCUGAUGAACCCGAUCGACCAGGGUUUCGCGUUCGAUUAUAACGGGAGUGGGAAGUUGGACCAUCUUGUCUGGUAUCGCCCGGGCACGGGGACGGUGUGGAUUCUAAAAAACGAGCGCGGCAAUUUCUCUCCAGUUUACCAGAUGGGCGAGCCCGGUGUCGGCAUCGGUGGUUACAACCUUGCGAACCCCAUUGACAAGGGGUUCGCAUUCGAUUACGAUGGGUCCGGAAAGUUAGACCACCUUGUCUGGUACCGAGCGGGGACGGGCACCAUUUGGAUCCUCAAAAAUAAUCGCGGAAAGUUCUUCCCCGUCUACCAGAUGGGAGAGCCUGGCAUCGGUAUCGGCGGGUAUAAUCUCGCUAAUCCGAUAGACAAGGUGAUUGCCUUCGAUUGGGACGGCAGCGGGAAGCUCGACGAACUCGUCCUAUGGAGGGCCGGGACGGGAACUAUCUGGAUUUUGCAGAGACAGGGAGGUAAUAAUUGGGUACCGGUCUACCACCAGGGCGAACCUGGCUUGGGUAUCGGCGGUUACGAUCUCCGUUCCCCUGCCGACCUUGUCUUCGCUUUUGACUACAGACAACGACGAACGCCGAAUCAUCUUUGCCUUUACCGUCCGGGUACAGGCACGUUUUGGAUUCUGGAGAGGCAGUUCUAA